AAGAAGUUUCUCGCUUCAGUCUGGGAGGCAACCGGUGACAGAUUUCUGCGGCUAGCUAUCGGCCAACAAGGCGACACAAAAAUGGCGUUCACAUUCGCGGCCUUUUGUUACAUGCUUGCGCUAUUGCUUACGGCCGCUCUAAUUUUCUUCGCCAUUUGGCAUAUAAUUGCAUUUGAUGAACUGAAGACCGAUUACAAGAAUCCCAUAGACCAAUGUAACACAUUAAAUCCGCUGGUGCUCCCGGAGUAUCUGAUCCAUGUGUUCUUCUGCGUGAUGUUCCUGUGUGCUGCGGAGUGGCUCACCCUGGGCCUCAACAUGCCACUGCUGGCCUACCACGUCUGGAGGUAUAUGAGCAGGCCGGUGAUGAGUGGUCCAGGACUCUAUGAUCCGACUACAAUCAUGAACGCUGACGUCCUGGCCUACUGUCAAAAGGAGGGCUGGUGCAAACUGGCCUUCUACCUCCUCUCCUUCUUCUAUUAUCUCUAUGGGAUGAUCUACGUGUUGGUGAGCUCUUAGACAGGUCAGAGAAGAAGAGAGGAAAGGUCUGCAUGUAGGAGAUAAAACACUGGUUUUAGUGGCCGGAGGAGAAGCUGAAGUGGGACCUGCAGCGAAGACCAACCAUUCACCACUCAGUGAUUUUCAAGAUGGCUGCAGUUUCAAGAGGCAGGAUUGACUCGACCCCAACGCAGUGCAGAGCGCCAUUACUAUACUGAAACAUUUCUCCCUUUUUUUUUUCUUUUUUUUUUUAUGAAUAUCGUCUGUCCUCUCGUUCAUCGUUCUACAGUCCCAACACUAAAUGUUUGAGAGGAAGAACGACAGACUUGGGACUCUUAUUCAUUUCUAUUAUCUUGUCAUUAUUUGAAGCUUUGAAACAUUUGAAUUUAAAUAAUGUUAGACUUUUUCUCUUCUUUUUUUUUUUUGCCCCUCCCUACUUUUGACUGUUUACAAAUUAGAACAGAUUCAGAGCUGUCUGCUUAUUAUGAACUAACACUUAAUUUACUAUUAGGACAUUUUGGAUGUGAAUUAGAUGCCAGGCUUUUAAAAUGUAUUUUAAGGUAUGCAAUGGGGGUUAUCAUAAUUACAUAGAUAAAUCAUUUUCUUGCCCAGACACAUUGAAAACUUGAACUUACCUAAAUGGGUUUAAAGGGUUGAAUACAUGAUUAGUAAUAUCUUGAUCACCUGAUGGAAAAAUGUGUUGCACAGACGGGGACAAUCAGUAGGGUUGUCUUAAACUAUUUGAUACUUUCUGAACUUUCGUUAGACUUUUAUAGCCCUUAGUCAUACAUACUCGCUUUAAGGGGUGUUUUUUCCUUUUCAGUAGAUGCUAAUAGGCUAUUUGUGUGAAGCUACAGAAAUCCUAAGAAGAGAUUUCCGUAAUGUGAUCAUGAAACGUUGCUUACGAGGAAUAUCUGUUAUCAUUGAACCUGUUAUGAGCUCAAAGAAAAACAACCAACAACUCCAUAAUGUCCCGUUAGCCCCCCCAUCUUUAUUGCAUUGUUUUUUUAAUGAAAAUAUUUGGUUUAAAUUGUACCCAUGUCCCUCCAGCAUGAUUUUAUUUAUUUAUUCUAGAUAGAGAAUGUUAAUCAUCUCCCCAGAUGUUUCACUCCAAUUUACAUUACGACCUAAAAUGGAUGUUGCUGGAGCAGUGAUGUUUUUAUUUUCUCCAACUACUUGCAGAUUUAUCAGGAUUUUAUCAGAUUGUCCUUUUUUUGUUUUAUAUUUCCAAAUGCAAGAUUGUGGGACGACCAAAAUAUCAAGAAUGUUGUUGUUGUCCCCAAGUGUUUUCUGUAUUUGCCAGUUUUCCCACCCUGUAAAAUCAUCAGGGUGGUUGGCAUGUUUGUUAUACGUGUGUUUGGCUUUAAUGUCAAUGUGUUCAUAGUAGAGUAGCUCAUUUUCACCCAGUCACAACUAGUGAAUGAAAAACUUGAUUUCUGAAUCCAAAUAAACCUACCCCACUAUACUCUCUA